AUGUCGCUCGGGGAGGGGAUGCUCUGUCCCCGUGCACUCCAAGGCAAGAGCUCCAGGGACAUCUUCCUCCACAUGGUGACCCCUGACCGCAUCCCGCAGUUUACUAUCCCCUCUCUGGACAUCUGCAAGAAGCACAGGCGCUCAGGCAAGGGGAAGGGGCAGCCAGUGGGGAUGGCUUGGAGGAGCGACUCGGAUCUAGCAGUGGAGGAUGAGCACGAUGUGCCCGGCUCUAGCUCGUCCUACUCUAAUGCUGGGCUUGCUGCCGCUGUGCAGGCUAUCCCAGACCCCACUGCUCGGGCAGCUCUGUCCCUGCCUCAUCUCCCCAAGGUCACCACCCCAUAUGGCUUUGUCACCCUGGGGCAGAGCCCACAGGUGACCAGUGAAGAGGCGUUGUUUUUUCACUCAGGCUCAGAUUAUCCUCAAGGUCUUGCUGAUGAGAUAAGUGCCAGUUCCCAGGAGGAGCUGGGAUGCUGCAGACGCCCCGGGAUGCCUGUUGCUGGGGAAGGUGGCUGCUCCAGGAUGGGUGGAAGCCUGAGGGACCACAAGCAGCUGAGACCCCAUGGCACCGGUCACAAGGAUGGCAGAGGCAGCCAGGCCUACAGGACUCCAGCAGGGCUUCCCCUGCCCAGGAUAUGUGCCAGCCCACUCAGAGACAUCCAGAUAAUGGAUGUGCUGGAAGGCAAAGAGGCGGAGAAGAGAAAAAGGAGGCUCCUGGAGGCAGGCUAUCAGAGGAGCAACCCCAACCUGGAGCUCCCCGCUGGGAUGCCGAGGAAAAACUUGCUCCAGAGGAUCCUCAGGAGGUACCUUGCCCACCCUCGGUAG